GCAGCGGGGAGGGCGGGAGCGAGGAAAGCCGGGGCUCCAGCUGUAACCAGGCACUCUGCGGCGUCCCCCACCCCUCGGCGGCGGGGCAGCAGGUACCUCCUCAGCAGCCUCAGCAACUGGUGGGCGGCCGUCCCGCCGCCGUCACGUCUGCUCCGAGGCCCUUUGGGGCCAGGCUCCCGCCCCGGGCACUUAAGUGACUGACCCGGGCUCAGGCUCCCGCUGCCGCCGCCUCCGACGACGCUGCCGCCGCGCACGCGCUCCUCGCGCGCUUCUGUCCCGGGGCGGCCGGCGGGGCGGGAACACGAGGCUGCCGGCGCCCCGCACCUGCCUGACGGAGAGGCGGACCCCCGUCUCCGGGCGCGUGCAGGCGCGCGCACGCGCACGCGCCACUAGCGCGCCUGGCGUCGGCCCCGGGGGCGGGACCGCGCGGCCGCGAGCGGGCGGGGGGCUCGUGGCGCGCGCGCCCCGCACCCGAGGGCUGCAGAGAGAUAUUUCGGGUGGCAGGAGGCCCCUCGUCAUUUCCGCCGUGCAGUUUGUCGUGCUGGGGCUUCACUCCCGCGCGCGAGGCGAGCGGGCAAGUUGGCUGCGGGCGUGCGGCGGCGGCGGCGGCGGCGGCGGCAGCAGCUCCUUCUCCUGGCGUCGCGACCCUCGGCAGUGCAAGCCAUGAACUGAAGCCCCGGAGGGACGCACACCCGAACGGAGUGGCGGAGCCGCCGCCGCCUCGGCAGCGACCGAGAGGCGCAGUGGUCGCGGGCGCGUUUCCCUCCUGGUCGCCGCUCCCACCGCUGCUGCCCGCCUUGCGCUAAGAGACAUUGCAGCCUCGAGACUCGACACAAAAGCCGCUUUCUCCGAGCUGCCCGCCCAGCGAGGCAGCGGCCAGCGAGGCACCCCACCUGAAGGCGGCUCAGACAGCUGAGUUGGUUUUGUGUCUGAGCUCCGCACCCCACGCGGAACCGACCCCGUGCUCAUGGCUCUGAUCAUGGAACCGGUGAGCAAAUGGUCUCCGAGUCAAGUAGUGGACUGGAUGAAAGGUCUUGAUGACUGUUUGCAACAGUAUAUUAAGAACUUCGAGAGGGAGAAGAUCAGUGGGGACCAGCUGCUGCGCAUUACACAUCAGGAGCUAGAAGACCUGGGGGUCAGCCGCAUUGGCCAUCAGGAACUGAUCUUGGAAGCAGUUGACCUUCUGUGUGCACUGAAUUAUGGCUUGGAAACAGAAAAUCUAAAAACCCUUUCUCACAAGUUGAAUGCAUCUGCCAAAAAUCUACAGAAUUUUAUAACAGGGAGGAGAAGGAGUGGCCAUUAUGAUGGAAGAACCAGCCGAAAAUUGCCAAAUGACUUUCUGACUUCAGUUGUGGAUCUGAUUGGAGCAGCCAAGAGCCUGCUUGCCUGGCUGGACAGGUCACCAUUUGCUGCUGUCACAGACUAUUCAGUCACAAGGAAUAAUGUCAUACAGCUCUGCUUGGAACUGACAACAAUUGUGCAGCAGGAUUGUACUGUAUAUGAAACAGAAAAUAAAAUCCUUCAUGUGUGUAAAACUCUUUCUGGAGUCUGUGACCACAUCAUAUCCCUGUCUUCAGAUCCUCUGGUUUCACAGUCAGCCCACCUGGAAGUGAUUCAGCUGGCAAACAUCAAACCAAGUGAAGGGCUGGGUAUGUAUAUUAAAUCAACGUAUGAUGGCCUCCAUGUAAUUACUGGAACUACAGAAAAUUCACCUGCAGAUCGGUGCAAAAAAAUCCAUGCUGGUGAUGAAGUGAUUCAAGUUAAUCAUCAGACUGUGGUGGGGUGGCAGUUGAAAAAUUUGGUGAAUGCACUACGAGAGGACCCGAGUGGUGUUAUCUUAACUUUGAAAAAGCGACCUCAGAGCAUGCUUACCUCAGCACCAGCUUUACUGAAAAAUAUGAGAUGGAAGCCCCUUGCUCUGCAGCCUCUUAUACCUAGAAGUCCCACAAGCAGUGUUGCCACGCCUUCCAGCACCAUCAGUACACCCACCAAAAGAGACAGUUCUGCUCUCCAGGAUCUCUACAUCCCCCCUCCUCCUGCAGAACCGUAUAUUCCCAGGGAUGAAAAAGGAAACCUUCCUUGUGAAGACCUCAGAGGACAUAUGGUGGGCAAGCCUGUGCAUAAGGGAUCUGAAUCACCAAAUUCAUUUCUGGAUCAGGAAUAUCGAAAGAGAUUUAAUAUUGUUGAGGAAGAUACUGUCUUGUAUUGCUAUGAAUAUGAAAAAGGAAGAUCAAGUAGUCAAGGAAGACGAGAAAGCACCCCGACUUAUGGCAAGCUACGACCUAUAUCUAUGCCAGUGGAAUAUAAUUGGGUGGGGGACUAUGAAGAUCCAAAUAAGAUGAAGAGAGAUAGUAGAAGAGAAAACUCUCUACUCCGAUAUAUGAGCAAUGAAAAAAUUGCUCAAGAAGAAUAUAUGUUUCAGAGAAACAGCAAAAAAGACACAGGGAAGAAGUCUAAAAAGAAGAGUGAUAAGAGUAAUAGCCCGACCCACUAUUCAUUGCUACCUAGUUUGCAAAUGGAUACAUUGAGACAAGACAUCAUGGGCACCCCUGUGCCAGAGGCCACACUGUACCACACAUUUCAGCAGUCCUCCCUGCAGCAUAAAUCAAAGAAGAAAAACAAAGGUCCUCUAGCUGGCAAGAGCAAAAGACGAAUUUCUUGCAAAGAUCUCGGCCGUGGUGACUGUGAGGGCUGGCUCUGGAAGAAGAAAGAUGCAAAGAGUUAUUUUUCACAGAAAUGGAAGAAAUAUUGGUUUGUCCUUAAGGAUGCAUCUCUAUAUUGGUAUAUUAAUGAGGAGGAUGAAAAAGCAGAAGGAUUCAUCAGUCUGCCUGAAUUUAAAAUUGAUAGAGCCAGUGAAUGUCGCAAGAAAUAUGCAUUCAAAGCCUGUCAUCCUAAAAUCAAAAGCUUUUAUUUUGCUGCUGAGCAUCUUGAUGAUAUGAACAGAUGGCUUAACAGAAUCAAUAUGCUGACUGCAGGAUAUGCAGAAAGAGAGAGGAUUAAGCAAGAACAAGAUUACUGGAGUGAGAGUGACAAGGAAGAAGCAGAUACUCCAUCAACUCCCAAACAGGACAGUCCUCCACCACCCUAUGAUACAUACCCGCGGCCUCCCUCUAUGAGUUGUGCCAGUCCUUAUGUGGAAGCAAAACACAGCCGCCUCUCCUCCACAGAGACCUCUCAGUCUCAGUCCUCUCAUGAGGAGUUUCGUCAGGAAGUAACUGGGAGCAGUGCAGUGUCCCCCAUUCGCAAGACAGCCAGCCAGCGCCGCUCAUGGCAGGAUUUAAUUGAGACGCCCCUGACAAGCUCAGGAUUACACUAUCUUCAGACUCUGCCUCUGGAGGAUUCUGUCUUCUCUGACUCCGCAGCCCUGUCCCCAGAGCACAGGCGGCAGUCCACCCUGCCAACUCAGAAAUGCCACCUACAGGAUCACUAUGGGCCGUACCCCUUAGCCGAGAGCGAGAGGAUGCAAGUGUUAAAUGGAAACGGGGGCAAGCCUCGAAGUUUUACUCUGCCUCGAGAUAGCGGGUUCAACCACUGCUGUCUGAAUGCGCCGGUUAGUGCCUGUGACCCGCAGGAUGACGUGCAACCCACAGAGGUGGAGGAAGAGGAGGAGGAGGAGGAGGAAGGGGAGGCAGCAGGGGAAAACAUAGGAGACAAAAGUGAAAGUAGGGGAGAAAAGUUAGGAGACUCAUUGCAAGAUUUAUACAGGGCAUUGGAGCAAGCCAGUCUGUCACCACUGGGAGAACAUCGCAUUUCAACCAAGAUGGAAUACAAGCUAUCAUUCAUAAAGAGAUGUAAUGAUCCUGUGAUGAAUGAAAAACUGCACAGGCUGAGAAUUCUCAAAAGCACUUUAAAGGCCAGAGAAGGGGAAGUGGCCAUUAUUGAUAAAGUCCUAGACAAUCCAGAUUUGACAUCUAAAGAAUUCCAACAGUGGAAGCAGAUGUACCUCGAUCUUUUCUUGGAUAUCUGUCAAAACACCACCUCAAAUGACCCAUUAAGUAUUUCUUCUGAAGUAGAUGUAAUCACUUCCUCUCUCACACACACUCAUUCAUACAUUGAAACGCAUGUGUAAGUGUAUUCUGUCUUCAGUCCAUCUGGUACCUUCUGGUACUUUGAACAAGUAUAUAAGGUAGUUUUUAUGUCAGUGUGUGGGACACUUGACAAGCUAUACUUCAGUGUUACCAAACUAUAUGAAACAAACCAUAUAUGGUCAUAAUACCAUUGUCUUUAAUGAGCAUUUGUAUAUUUUAUAUGCAAUUAGUGCUCAGCUUAUGUUUACCAUGUGCAAAAACAACUGUCUUCAAUGAUUUAAAAUGAACUUUUGCAGACUAUUCUGAAGACAGGUGGUCUUCAAGUAGAAAAAUACAAAAUGGCAGUUUUCUAUCUAAGGUCAUCUUUUCUCCCUUUAAGUUAAUUUUAUAUAAAGAAGACUUCAAAAGUAAAUCCACAUUUUUUCAGGUGCAGACAUCCUUGCGGGUGGGAAAGAAUUUAAACCUUUUUUAUAUUUAUUAAAAUGUUCUGAGGAUUUUCUUAAACAUUGCACAAAGUAAGCUGUAGUUUUAUUUUUGUGAAAUGUAGAUGCGCCUAAGAGUUAAGCAAAAUAGAAGAGCAUCAACAUAAGAAAAGUUCAGGUAUCUAAUAUUCGUCUUAAUAGUCUAUUAACUUGUGAAAGCUGGUUAAUGGGAAUACUAUUCCAAAUAUAUGGGGACACUUAACGGUGUAUCAGGGCAAAGCUUUGUAAGAUGUUUUUGUAACAAAGACCAAAAUUGAAGAUAGAGCUGCUUUAUUUUCUUGGUUUAAAUCUUCCUUUAUUUUUGUAGUGAUGAUAUGCUGAUUGUGUACAGAGGAAUUUGAGAGUGGAUUUUUUAAAACACACUUAACUCACCCAGAAAGGCAGCUAACAGGUAUAUAUAUAAAAUUUCAGCCCAAACUCGUGUUUUUAAACUGCAACUCUUAAAAAAGCUACAAGGUAUAAACUGAAAUGAAUCAACUAUCCAGUUAGUUUGCAAUUUUCCCACUAGUCCAUUAAUUAAACUUAUGGAAUUAUACUUCAGGCAGGGAAAUGAAAUAUGUUUAAUUACAGGUUGAUGUGUGUUAUAAUAUAGAAAACAAUGUUGCAAAAUAAAAAUGUACCUCUCUCCUGAGGAGCAAGAGGAUGAUGGCCAUUCAGAGUUCUUUUACAUUGCAUUAUAUGAGAGAAACAAUUUAUAGAGCUUUUUCCUGGCUUCGUGAAUUGUUCUAUAAAGUGGAUGAAGUCUAUGAAACGUCCUCUUCAUAUAUUUCCACUUAUGAGCAUCUCGUUUUCUAAAAGUGAUCCCAGCAUGACAAUGACUGUGCUGCUUUUUAGUGUCUGGCUGCAUAACGUACAAGUCACAAUUUGCUGUUUUUUCUGGAGGAAGGAAACCUCCUUUACUAUUCUAUAUCCUAAACUCUACUUCUAAUCAGCUUUAUACUGUUGCCUGUCCAGCUCAGUGAAUGUACUUUCAUCACUAAGAGUUCAGAUGUAUGCCAGUGAAUAUUUUUGCUGUAGAGGAGAAAGUAAAAACUCCACAGCGGGGAUCUUUUUCUUUGCUUUUGAAACCACCAUUGAAUCACUAUCGUUUUGCAGACUUUGCACAACUGUACAGGAAAGUGGCCUUUCUACAGCACAUUUUCAGUAAUCCUCUAUUUAGUCAAAAAUGGAUGAGAAAUCAUGUAUUCAUGUUUGUAUGGAAUUUUGGGUCCAGUGUAAUAUUUUUAUCAUUUAAAAAACCUAUUUGUAAAAACAUUUAUUUACUGCAUGGAUAUUGACACAUAUUAAAUUUGUGGGAUUUUGUAUAUGUAAAAAAAACAAACAAAAAAACCUCUUGUCCUAAAAUGAAGUGUGCUUGUUACAGGUAUUUAGACUUGUUGUUUACUAGACUAAAUGUGUACAUUCGCUUAAAAAUAUCUGUACCUGAUGGAUGUGUCAUGAAUACAGUGGCCAGGCUGUGCCCUGUAAACAGCAAGCAGUUGAUGGAAAGACUAGCUGUGUUGCUACUAAGCAGCUUUUCCUUAUGUAAAGUCAGCUCUGUUGUUUUAAAUGGUACAAUUAAACUAAUGAAUUUUAAAAGACUUGUGGCUAGCCUAGCAUGAAAGAGACCUUUUAACACUAUAUAUCUGUACAUUUUAUUGCAUUAGUUUCAAAUCUAGGAGAGAGGCAGCACUGUAAACUGAAGUCAAAUAAAUUCAGCUCUUAAUGAA